GUUUAACAUGAUGUCAUGUCCUGCAGGUGGACAGCGACACAGUGUGGAACGAGAUGCACUCGUCAGGUGCGGUCCGGAUGGCGGUGGGCUGCGUCAUUGAGCUGGCCUUCAAAGUUGCUGCUGGAGAACUGAAGAACGGGUUUGCGGUGGUCCGUCCUCCUGGUCAUCAUGCGGAGGAAUCGACCGCCAUGGGUUUCUGUUUCUUCAACUCGGUGGCCAUCACUGCCAAACUCCUGCAGCAGAAACUCGGGGUGGGCAAGAUCCUGAUCAUAGACUGGGAUAUUCACCAUGGAAACGGCACCCAGCAGGCCUUCUAUAAUGACCCCAAUGUGUUGUACAUUUCACUGCAUCGUUAUGACGAUGGUAACUUUUUCCCAGGCAGCGGCGCUCCUGAGGAGGUGGGUGUAGGUCCAGGAGAGGGCUUUAAUGUCAACAUUGCCUGGACGGGUGGAGUGGAGCCACCUAUGGGUGAUGUGGAGUAUCUAACUGCCUUCAG